GCGCCAUGUUCGUGUUGUUGUUGUCGCCGUCUGUGCCCGUUGCCGCCCACGAUUGGGCAAAGGCGGGGCGCGACGCGAUUCAUUGAUCACGCCUCAUGGCCUCGCCUCACACCCACCACCGCAAACUGCAGGAGGAAUCGACACGUCGGACCUUGCAGUAGCGCGGCCGACAUGCUGCACUGCGCUGGAAUGACAGCACUCUAGUCCGACAGUGACAGCUCAGGCAAUCCCUCGAACAACACCACCGCCUCCUCGUCCUCCUCAGCACACCGCUCCGCGGGCAGGAGAGGGACAGCAUGGCCUUCCUCUUUGGCCGCAAUCGCCAGCGGUCGGCGCUGGACAUGGUCAAGACCGUCAAGGACCUGCUCCAGAAGCUGCCCAAGGAAGAUGGACAACAACAGCAGCAACAGACAACAAAACUGGAGGAGGACAUCGCCCGAAACCUUGCCCAAAUGAAAGUCACUCUCCAAGGCACCCCCGAACUCGAAACCUCACCCGACCAAAUUUACCAACUCGUCAUGGCCACCCUCUCCGAACAACUCCUCCCCAUCCUCGUCUCCUCGAUCCCACGCCUCCCCUUCGAAGCUCGCAAAGACACCCAAACCAUCAUCUCCAACAUCUUCCGCUUCCGCCAACCCGGCAAUAUACCCUCACCAAACAACAACUCUGAACCUGACGCCCUCCGCGAAGUAAUCCGCAAACAACCCGAGAUAAUAAUCGCCCUCUGCAACGGCUACUCCCGCCGCGAAAGCGCCAGCGCCUGCGGCGGAAUCCUCAAAGAAGCAUUAAAACACGACGCCGUAGCAGCCGUGAUCCUCUACGACGAACCCCGCUCCGACGGCACAGUCCUCGACAUCUACUCCGACGUCGACGUCUCGCACCCGGCAAGCGGAAAAGGCACAUUUUGGAAAUUCUUCACAUGGAUCGAUCAAUCCAGCUUCGAAGUCUCCGCCGACGCAUUCGAUUGUUUUCGAUUGAUUUUGACAAAACACAAGAGUCUCGUGGCACAGUACAUUAAUACGAAUUUCGACAUGUUCUUUUCGCGGUAUAACGAAACGUUGAUCAAGAGCGAGAGUUAUGUGACAAAGAGACAGAGUAUCAAAUUGUUGGGCGAGGUGUUGUUAGAUCGGAGUUUCUACGAAUGCAUGUGUCGAUAUGUGGAGAGCGGGGAGAACUUGAAGCUCAUAAUGUGGCAGCUCAAGGAUGACAGGAGGAUGGUGCAGUAUGAAGCCUUUCACGUUUUCAAGAUCUUCGCAGCAAACCCUCACAAAUCACCAGAGGUCCAAAAAUUCCUCAUCAUGAAUAAAUCGAAACUUCUGAAAUUCUUACCGAAAUUCUUGGAAGAUCGCACAGAUGACGAUCAGUUCAAUGAUGAAAAGGCGUGGUUGAUCAAGAGUAUCAGUAAUUUGCCAGACACGACUGCAGGGAUACGGAGUCCAAAUACUGGAAGCGGGAACGGAACGCCGACGAGCACGACGAGUCCUUCGCACGGCGGAGGGGCACAAGGUGUGAGAUCGUGAGGGAAUUCGAAAGUCCCCAUUCUUGAGAGCGAUAGUGGAUAGAGCAGAGUGAGGUGGGACGACGGCGUUGACUGGUUUGAUUCUGGAUGUUGCUUUUGAGGAACAGCCAAAAGAGCGCACAAUUGCUUUGGCCGAAGACCUGGAAUGUUAAGCAGCGAGGCUCGUUGCAUGAGAUAUGUUUGAAUGGCAUGAAUUGAUGUGGCGUUUGUUUGAUGUGGCAGUCUAAAUGGUCUCUCUUCCGCGACGGGGAGGGAAAGGCUGAGAUGUAGCAUUCGUGCAGCGCGCGGAUCUCUUUGAGACCAUGCAAAGGAAGGGUAAAUGCAUUUGGAGCUCUUGCAAGACGAAAGAGGAAAAUGAGAACGUAUGCAAUGACCUACAUCUUGUGUUCAGAAAUUCAUCCGUGUCUCUGGGAAAUUUGGCCAGUACAGGCAGGUGAGCGCAGCAUCGCUGGCCGCGAAGAUGGGAAUUGAUGGCCGUGGUAUCAGCCUGAUUAGGUCGAAAGUGCAGAACAGUACGCAGGCAGCCGCUUAGAACGUCGAGGACCGCGGUAUCAUUGUUGCUGCAUCUCACCUCUUUGAGCCAAC